GUCAUGAUGCAGCUCGCAAUGCUCCUUUUUGAACGACGCAUCCACCACUGCAAUUUCUGCCCCUUGUCCUCAAGAAUACAGCAACAGUGAGUCACGAUGGAGACUUGUGGAACUCAUCAUGGACAUCAGCGCGUACCUUGUCAAUAUCUACUUUGUGAAACAACCUGCAGCCCGCCGGCUCCUGGGCCGUGUAUUAUGCGACGCUUCGAUAAUAUUGACAAAAGAUUGGAUGAUAUAGCGGGGAAACUCGUCAGCAUGUUGCACACGCAGACGUGCGUUACAGAGCAAUUUGGCACCAAAUUGAAUGGGAUCGACAUGAGGUUGAAGGGUGUCAACGAAACAGUGGAAAAUACUCAGACUACUUUAACGACAGUUGACACCACUGUUGUUGAAGAUCCCACCACCUUGACCGCAGUCCACCACACGGUUAACAACAUUCAGAAUACCUUGUUGACGGUUAACACCACCGUUAACCAGACACAAGCUGCCGUGACAGAAAUUGGCAACACAGUUGCCAAAAUUCUGGAUGGCUAUGCAGCAGUCAACCACCACGUUGACACUUAUGAUAGCUUAGCGGCGGUCCACAACACCGUCAUUUGUAACCAAGCUACCUUGACGGCAGUCAGCAACAUCAUGAAUCAGUUACAAGCUACGGUGGCAGAAGUUAACAAUGCAGCAACUCAAGCCCAAGCUACCAUGGCUAUAAUUGACACCACAGUAAGCAACAACCAAGCCACAUUGGAAGCGGUUAACAACACAGUCAACACUACUCAGGCUACCUUGGCAUCUAUGGACGACACGAUCACCCAUACCCAAGCUACUGUGACAGCAGUAAGCACCACGAUUGACAGCACUCGGAGUGACUUGGCAGGAAUCAACCACACGGUCAACAAUACUCGUGAUACUUUGGCAAUAGUUAACAACACUGUCAACAACACUCAGAAUACCUCAAUGGCAAUUAGAGACACAGUCACCAGUACACAUCAGGCCUUAGCAGCAGUAGACAACAAAGUCACUCGCACACAAACUACCUUGGCAACAAUACAAAUCACCGUCAACAGCAGCCAACAGAGCUUGGCAGCAGUCAACAAUGUGGUGAACAGCGCCCAGGGCACGUUAGCGAACAUUGUUCAAGGGUUGAUCCAGAGCAAUCAAAGGGCUACACAAAACCAGACUGCAAUCACCAAUACGCAUCAGGCCUUACAAGAGUUUCAACUGGAACUUCGGGCAGGUCACUUCAACAACGCAGCACGUCUAGCCAAUCGUUUCGCAAGUUGUUGUACGACGACGAUACGGAGUUUUCACGGUGUCAACGAUCAACACAUUACAGGGUUUCCGAUGUCAUAUGCCUCAUUCAACAAACUUUUAGGUGAGAAUAACUUCGGAGAGAAGAGAAUCUGCUAAGAACGAUUACAGAGAAUGAGCUUAACUAUAUAUUGCAAAGCCUGGGACUUCCUGCAAACGGGUCUUAUCUCAGCAGGAAAACCCGUCUGAAAACGUAUCUGGGUUUGAGGACGUAAAUUAAGGCUAUCAUAGGCUUUGCUUGCUAGU